GUGUCUGAGACCGAAAACUCCUCUCCGUAAACCUGGAAAUAAUUUCUCCGUACAGGUCAGUAUUAUUGCAACCUACGGUUUCCUUUUUACACAUUCUGUCAAGUUUAGUUUAGCGAGUCCACUUGUAAGUUCUUGUGUUUACGACUUCAAGUUUCUUCACGCAGACGGCCGACUGAGCCCCGACAGGAAGAUGGUUCCAGUGAAACUCCUCAUUCUGGGAGCUCAGAACACUGGAAAAACAGCACUGUGCGUUCGUUUUAUAACCAAGCGCUUCAUCGGCGAAUACGACCAUAAGAAGGAGGUGACCUACAGGUGCAGUCGGGCGCUGGACCAGGAAGCUGUUGAUCUGGAGAUUUUGGAUAUAGCUUGUAAGGAGGGCUCUGUGGCGUCUCUGGAGUCGUCCAUCCGCUGGGCGGACGGCUUCCUGCUGCUCUACUCCAUCACGCAACGCCUCAGCUUCCUGGACGUCCCACGGCUCAAGAAGCUCAUCGAGCAAACCAAGCAGAGUCUGGUUGUGCCUACAGUGCUGGUAGCCAACAAGGCGGACCUGGAGAUCGGCAGGGAGGUGACAACAGAGGAAGGACAGAGGCUGGCCAAGGAUUUACGGUGCGGGUUCAGGGAGCUGUCGGUGGCAGAAGCUGUUUUAGCUGUGGAAGCAGCCGUGUUUCAGCUCAUCAGGCUGGUGUGGGACCAGCAGCGUCCUCUGCCGGACCGCCGCUCCUACAUGCUGACGGUCCGCCACGCUCUGACCAGGAAGCUGACCCGAUCCAAGACCAUGCAGUGGUGACGACCGCUGCAAAGCAACAAGCAAAAGGUUGCUCGUUUUGGGGUGAUUUUCCUGCACAGUUCCAGUUCAGCUUUAAGGUCAUCUGGAAAGAGAGGUGAACGAGGUCACGACUUGGGAUUCAAAUGGUUGGGCGAUGGAUGACAUCGGCUCAUCUCUUUAAGGGGUGAGAGUCCAGGCAGCUAAUCAGAGGGAGAAACUGCUGCUUUUCUGGGAAGAGACGAUAUAAAGAGGCCUCAAUACACACUCGAGGGCGGACGGUGUUCCUUUUUAUCACAGUUAGAUGCAUUAUUUACUGUCAACAUGUGUUCCGUCAUCAUCUGUUGAAGCCGUACACCCUGUGAGCGGUGAGACAAAAUGGCUUUUGUCAGGAUGCGUCCACACGAGAUCUAGUUUUUUUUUU